CCCCCCCCCUGGCCUCAUCUUCACGUCUUUGGCAUCAAAAGUCCCUUGACUCUCUCAUUCCACUGCCCAGCCAUGCUCAGGGCCAUCUCCUGUUGUUUUGGAGGGUUCACAGACCCGGUCGACGACCGAGAUGUCUCCUCGCAGACCCCUGUCUCCCAACAGCCAAAGUUCCCUCCUCCGCCCGAUCCGUUUGGCCCUUGGCUCCAUCCCGUCGAGUGUCUCAUCAACACUGCCCGCGACGAGCCCGAUGCCCUCCUGAUCAACACCUACGAGAGCGGCGCCUCGGAGCGACUCAGCUAUCUCCAGGUGUGGAAGCAGGCGUACUCGGUCGCCCAGGCUCUCAAGGCUCUCCCUGGCUGGAGCGACGACGGCCACGACGUCAUCGGCACCUUCUGCGAGUCCGAAGCCAGCUGGGUGAUCUACUCGUUCGCUGUGUGGAUGCUGGGCAAGAAAACACUCAACCUUGCCCUCAACCUGCCUCCUGCAGCCCGCAAGGCCCUGUGCGAGAGACAUGCGAUCAAGUACAUCCUCCACCAUCACACCAAACCCGGCCGCACCGAGGGUGUGACGCUGAUCGAUGCUACCACCUUCCCCAAGCUUGAAAGCGUUCCGCCUCCGUCUCUUGAAGUCUGCGAGCCUCUCGAUGAGUUUGUGACCUUCCAAUGUACCUCCGGAACGACAGGCGUCCCAAAGUCGUUCAAAUAUUCCCACUUUGGCUCGAUCACCGGCCGAAGCACCGUGGGCACGCUCUACACCAGUGUCGCCCUUUGCCAGGCGCCUUCAUUUCUCGGCACCUUGAACCUGUUUCUCAGUUCUUUGAGCCUCAAGGGAUCGCUCUGGAUCCCCGAGCCAACGCCGAACGCGGUGGAAAAGAUUAAGAGUAUCCUGGGUAUGCUGAACGACGGUCUCGUUCACUUGUUCUUGACGCCGUCGUUUGCCAAGAUGACCAUUGAAGUGGCUCGUUCUCGCGACCCAAAUGCCAAGUACGAAACACUACGAAGGCUCCUCCUGGGCACCGAGCUGGUGCCUCCCAGUCUGAUUCAAAACGCAAGGCAUCUGUUUCCCGGUGCCGAGAUUCAAUCUGUUUAUGGAUCCAGCGAGGCUGGUCUGCUCGGGGCAUUCUCGCUCUUCCGAAUCCCAGCCGACGACCCAAAUGUUCUCAAUACUCUCGUCUAUCGACUCAUGAAACCAGGUGUGUGCUGUCUCCUCUUUGACGAGGAGGGCAACAUUGUCGACCAGAAGGUCUCCAAGAGCGGCGUGCUUGGCUUUGCCGUCGACAAGGACCAUCCCAUCAAGAACCACCCCAACUUUGCCAACGCCGAUCCAAACGACAAGCUCGCCUCGUUCGGCUUCCUCGAGGAUGGCUCGCCCCGUGUCUGCACCAUGGACUGGGUCGAGAUGGUUGGCGAGAACCAGUUCACUGUGGUUGGAAGAUUCGACCAGAAGAUCAAGGUCAACGGCGUCUAUGUCGACCUCAACGCCCUCGAGGAGCUGGUUAACGUUCACCUGGCCCGCAUCAUCUCGGACUGUGCCUUCAUCCAGACCUCCGAGAAGAAGAUCGUGAUGCUCUAUGUGGCCAGAGAGGGAUCGGAUUUAAACGCAACACCAGGGGAAGUACUCCAGUUGGCGGAAGAGCUGUUUGCCCUCAAGAACGUCGCCAAGUUCCCGAUCCACAACUGCUUCGAGCUCGACGAGUUCCCCUUCAACGACUCGGGCAAGCGCGACCUCAAGAAGCUCAGGCGCAUCGCCGAGAAUGUCGAUCAGUUCGGCAAGUCGGUUGAAUAUCCAGCUAUUCAGAUUGUCGGCACCUCGGUAUCCCGCACCGCCGCCAAGAUAUCUCAGAUCGGCAGCCAGAUCAUCGACAACCCCGCCCUCGACGGCCGCAACUACUACAUCGGCGGCGUCGGCUUUGACUCGCUGAGUGUCGGUCGUCUGGCCCUCGCCAUCAAGGACGAGUUUGAUGCCGAGAUAUCACCGAUGAUAUUGCUGUCGAACGGAAUGACGCCGCUCGAUGUCGCCCAGUUGGUUGUCGACAUCCUCGACGACAAGCCUCUCAUUCCCCCGACUGUUGAUCUGGCUGCUGAGGCCGCCAAGCUCGACGAUGCGAGUGUGACGGCCGAGGGUCUUCCUCCGUUUGUCUAUCCCAAGGACCCUCGCGGCAUCGUCCUGACUGGUGCCACUGGGUUCCUCGGUGCCUUCCUGGUCUUUGAGCUGGCCCACAAGUUCCCUCGGGCCAAGAUCUAUUGUGUGGUUCGAGCCCAUAGCGAGCAGUAUGCAUUCACUCGGAUCUUUUACAACUCCACGAGGCUGGUGAUGGCAUCACGAAAUCGACAAAAUCCGCGGUACGAUGUGCGCGACCGAUUCAUCGGACUGUGCGGCGAUCUGUCGAAGGACAAGUGGGGACUCUCGGACGAGCGAUGGAAGGAGAUCAGCGAGGAGACCGACAUGAUUGUUCACAACGGCGCCGAGGUCCACUGGCUAUUUGACUAUGACAGACUCAGGGGACCCAAUGUCCUCAGCACGGCAACGGCCCUGAGACUGGCCACAACCCACCACCUGAAGCCGCUGCACUACAUCUCGACCAUCGGCACAAUCCCGAUGGCCAAGAGUUCCAACGAACCACUCAAGGAGAAGAUCUACUCGGCCUGGAACAUCUCUGGCGGGUAUGGCCAGACCAAGUGGGUCUCUGAGCAGCUGGUCAACAAGGCACGAUCGAGGGGAGUGCCGGUGACGAUCAUUCGCCCGGCCGUCAUUGCCGGCGACAGCCAUGUCCAACACGGAUGACUACAUCUGGCGAUAUGUCAAGGGAUGCAUCCAACUCGGUGUUGCUCCCUCGCACGCCACUCUCGUCACGAUGACCAUGGAUCCCGUCGACCAUGUCG